CCUGAUCCUCAGCACCCCGCUCAAUCCCUCCCAGUCCCUGAACUCCCCGCCGGGACCAAUCGGAGCGGCAGCUCGGCGAGGGAAAGGCGACGGAUGAGGCCCGCACGGUCGGGCAUUAUGAAAGACCUCGCCGCCAGCCCUUCCGGUUUAUCGUCCCCCAACCCUCCCGCUCAGGAGGUCAAGGCAGAGGGAAACAGCAGCUCCAAGAAGAGAAAGUUAAAUAACAGUAACAGCAGCGAGAAGGACGACUUGGACUCCAUCCCUCCCCAGAAGAACUCCUCAUCCUCUUCCAACCACAUCCAGAAGAAGCUGAGAUUUGAAGACAGCCUGGACUUUCUAGGACUCGAUGUGAAGAUGGCGGAGGAGUCUCCCUCCUCUUCUUGUUCUUCUGCUACCCCACUGAGGAGUAAAAACCUGCUCAUCUCUCCGGUGGCUGCUGGCCAUCAUGCCAAUGGGCUCACCAAAGCCUCCCCCGUCUCAAGCUUUGCCAACACAAAACCUGGCUCAGCCAAGAAGUUAGUCAUCAAGAACUUCAAAGAUAAACCAAAAUUGCCUGAAAACUACACUGAUGAAACUUGGCAGAAACUGAAAGAAGCUGUUGAAGCCAUUCAAAAUAGCACUUCAAUAAAAUACAACUUGGAAGAAUUAUAUCAGGCUGUUGAGAACCUUUGCUCUUAUAAGAUAUCUGCAAACCUCUACAAACAGUUGCGACAGAUCUGUGAGGACCACAUUAAAGCACAAAUCCACCAAUUCAGAGAAGAUUCAUUGGAUAGCGUUCUUUUCCUAAAGAAAAUAGAUAAGUGCUGGCAGGAUCAUUGCAGACAAAUGAUCAUGAUCAGAAGCAUCUUCCUGUUCCUGGAUCGAACCUACGUACUUCAGAACUCAAUGUUGCCAUCUAUUUGGGACAUGGGCCUAGAGUUGUUUAGAACCCACAUAAUUAGUGAUCAAAAAGUUCAAACUAAGACAAUUGAUGGUAUUCUGCUGCUAAUUGAGAGAGAAAGAAAUGGGGAAGCCAUUGAUAGAAGUCUGUUACGAAGUCUUCUAAGUAUGCUAUCUGACCUACAGAUUUAUCAAGAAUCCUUUGAACACCGAUUUUUGGAAGAAACAAAUCGUUUGUAUGCAGCAGAAGGACAAAGACUUAUGCAGGAAAGAGAGGUUCCAGAAUAUCUCCAUCAUGUUAAUAAGCGGUUAGAAGAAGAGGCAGAUCGAGUCAUUACAUAUUUAGAUCAAAGCACACAAAAACCAUUAAUUGCCACUGUUGAAAAGCAGCUUCUUGGAGAACAUCUAACAACUACUCUGCAGAAAGGUUUAAAUCAUCUCUUGGAUGAAAACAGAAUACAGGACCUCUCCCUGCUAUACCAGCUGUUUAGUAGAGUCCGAGGUGGUGUGCAAGUCCUUCUUCAGCACUGGAUUGAGUACAUCAAGGCUUUUGGCAGCACGAUUGUGAUUAAUCCAGAAAAGGAUAGGACUAUGGUACAAGAAUUGCUUGACUUCAAAGACAAAGUUGACCAUGUGAUAGAUAUUUGUUUCAUGAAAAAUGAGAAGUUUGUCAAUGCCAUGAAAGAAGCUUUUGAAACCUUCAUUAAUAAGCGACCAAACAAACCAGCUGAGCUUAUAGCAAAGUAUGUGGAUUCAAAACUUCGAACUGGAAACAAAGAAGCUACAGAUGAAGAGCUUGAAAAAAUGUUGGAUAAAAUCAUGAUUAUAUUUAGGUUCAUCUAUGGAAAGGAUGUCUUUGAGGCCUUCUACAAAAAAGACCUAGCCAAACGACUCUUGGUUGGAAAAAGUGCUUCUGUGGAUGCUGAGAAAUCAAUGCUCUCUAAACUUAAGCAUGAAUGUGGAGCGGCCUUUACCAGCAAGCUUGAGGGGAUGUUCAAAGACAUGGAACUGUCUAAAGACAUUAUGGUUCAUUUUAAACAGUACAUGCAGAAUCAGAAUGUUCCUGGUAACAUUGAAUUAACUGUGAAUAUCCUUACAAUGGGUUACUGGCCAACAUAUGUGCCUAUGGAAGUUCACCUGCCUGCUGAGAUGGUGAAACUUCAGGAGAUAUUCAAGACCUUUUAUCUUGGAAAGCACAGUGGCAGGAAGCUACAGUGGCAGUCAACUCUGGGACAAUGUGUCUUAAAGGCAGAGUUUAAUGAGGGUAAAAAGGAGCUGCAGGUUUCACUCUUCCAAACACUUGUAUUGCUUAUGUUCAAUGAGGGAGAAGAAUUUAGCUUUGAAGAAAUUAGACAAGCAACUGGCAUUGAGGAUAGCGAAUUAAGAAGAACGCUCCAGUCAUUGGCUUGUGGAAGAGCCAGGGUCCUAGCUAAGAAUCCGAAGAGUAAAGAUGUAGAUGAUGGCGACAAGUUUACUUUUAAUGACGACUUCAGGCAUCAGCUCUUCAGAAUAAGGAUCAAUCAGAUUCAGAUGAAGGAAACGGUGGAAGAACAAGCCAGCACUACAGAGCGAGUAUUUCAAGACAGGCAAUACCAAAUUGAUGCAGCCAUUGUUAGAAUAAUGAAGAUGAGGAAGACACUUAGCCACAAUCUGUUGGUGUCGGAGGUGUACAACCAGCUUAAAUUUCCAGUAAAGCCUGCAGAUCUGAAGAAAAGAAUAGAAUCUCUAAUAGACAGGGACUACAUGGAAAGAGACAAAGAGAAUCCAAACCAGUACAAUUACGUUGCCUAAAAAACCCUUUGUCUCAAUGGGCAUCUAGUGGAUAAUAAAAUUUAGCCUGUUGAUCCCGAGAAAUUACCUUUGUACAACAUCGAUAACUGAAUUGAAGUAUAGGUGAAGAGGAAAUUAUGAGAAGGUUCUUUCAACAAUUUGGAAUGCCCAUUUAAAGAGUACAAUUUACAUUUAUCAAGAAUGCUGUUGAACUCUUUGUUUUGCAUGUUAUUCACAAUGAUGUGCGCAGCAAGCUGCCAGAGUAAAAUUUGAGCUCUGGUCGGUCCAUCUGUCCGACAGACGGAAGAUGAUUACAUGGUCACCUGACCCCUGUUCCUGCCUCUGAUAUGACUGUAAAAGAUGCGGAAUCGGCAUACUAUCCUUUGCGCUUAAAAGCUGCAUGCAACCUAGCCAGCUAAACAUGUGAAAAAAAAGCUCCAUGAUGCCCAGUGUCUCAAGCCAUCUAAUUAAACCUAACCUGGACAGUUGGUGCUUUUGUCUCUUUCAAAACAGAGACAUUGUACACAAUCCAUUGAAAGAUGUAUUCAUUGUGAGCUUUGAUCGCUAGCUCCUGUUGUAAACUUGAGGGUAUGUUACCUAUAGAAAUGCAACUGAUAUUUAAGGUGUGGACUAAGCUGGGGGAGUAACAUGGGGGAUAGCCACCAUAACCUUUUAUGGCCAUUCAUCUUAACACUAUAAGCAACACUUGCUUGUACAGUAUACAUUUUGUUCUCGUUUUGUUUUGGCACAUUUUUAAGCAGUUACCUUGUUCUGAAUUUCUGACAAACGUAUGUCAUUUUUUCACACGACUUCCUGCACAUGCUUCUUGCCAUUGCAGAGGCUUUUCUUAGCCGCUAGUUGGCUGGAUUUCUAGUGAUAUUUUGAGCAAAUUGUGACCCAGACAAAAUCACUUACGAGUUCUGUACAUGUUGUGCCUUUAUAUUAAAGAUUAGUAGAAUCUAUGCUCCAGACAGAUGGCUUCACCUUCCCUAUAACGGAAGGUUUAAUUGGGUAAAAAAUAGUUUGCUUUUAUAAAUGUAAUAUUCCACUUGAAGUGGUAGUUCCACGAUAAUCUAGGCUCUGCUACUUAGACUCAUCAUUUUUAUGUUCCAGCCCUUUGUUCUUAACCUAAUAUAGAUUGCUCCUUAUUUUGUGUCGGGAGUAAACUCAGCCUUGUACAGGAUUACCAGUUUUGCCUUUUUGUUUUAUGUUGUCAAUUAAACUAUUCCGUCUUAAAGGUUGACAGACUGAUUCUUUUGGACACGUUUUGGUCAUCUUUGGAAAUUCAGCUUUUCUUGCUGUAUGCCUUACCUAUUGGUGAGACAUUCUGGCUGGCAUAGUAUGCUAUGGAAUGUAGGGCAGCAUCAUGUGUUUAAUGCCUGUAACCUUUCUGCAACUGUGGAUUGUUAAUUCUCAUUUUCAACAGUUGUGCAGCCUCCUGACAAGUUUCACCAAAGUGAGGUUUUUUUUUUUUGCCGGUCAUGUGAUAGUGGCUGAUGGGCACUUAGAGGUUAGGUAUUUGUCUGAGCACACCAAGAGUCUAUCCAGGAGGUCAUUUUAUAUGUUCACUUUGUCCUGUGUUGGAAUGACUCUUUGGUUGGGAGUCAUCUGCUACAAAUGUGCUCACUUUCUGUAUUUAAGAACAUACUUUCUGUUGUCGGCUA